AUGGCAAAAAAACAUGAAGGAUGUGCUGUGGGAAUAGACCUUGGAACAACGUAUUCAUGUGUUGCUGUCUGGUUGGAUGAACACAAUAGAGUUGAGAUUAUCCACAAUGACCAAGGCAACAGAAUCACACCUUCUUUUGUUUCUUUCAACAACGAUCAAAGGUUGAUUGGUGAUGCAGCUAAGAAUCAGUCUGCUACCAACCCUGAAAACACAGUAUUUGAUGCUAAGAGGUUAAUUGGUAGGAAAUUUAGUGAUCCAGUUGUUCAAAAAGAUAAAAUGUUGUGGCCGUUCAAAGUCAUUGCCGGUGUCAAUGACAAACCAAUGAUCACCCUUCAGUAUAAGGGUCAAAAGAAGCUAUUUUGUGCUGAAGAAAUAUCAUCUAUGGUCCUUACAAAGAUGAGAGAGAUCGCAGAGGUAUAUCUGGAGUCUUCUGUCAAAAAUGCUGUUGUUACUGUGCCAGCUUACUUCAGUGAUUCACAGCGAAAAGCCACCAUAGAUGCUGGUGCCAUUGCUGGUCUUAAUGUCAUCAAGAUAAUCAAUGAACCUACUGCUGCGGCUAUUGCGUAUGGCCUUGACAAGAGAAGUGAUUGCGAUGGUAAACGGAAUAUUUUUGUCUUUGAUCUUGGCGGUGGUACUUUUGAUGUAUCUAUCCUCACAAUUAAGGGUGAUGUCUUUGAAGUAAAGGCCACUGCUGGAAACACACACCUAGGGGGAGAGGACUUUGAUAGCAGAAUGGUGAACUAUUUUGUAGAGGAGUUCAAAAAGAAGAAUGAAGUGGAUAUUAGUGGUAACCCAAGAGCGUUAAGGAGGUUGAGAACUGUGUGCGAAAGGGCAAAAAGGAUUCUCUCUUUCGCUUAUUUUACCAUAGUUGAGGUAGAUUCUUUAUUUCAUGGAAUUGACUUCUCUUCGUCAAUUACUCGUGCCAAAUUUGAGGAAAUUAAUAUGGAUCUCUUUGAAGAGUGUAUGGCAACUGUUGAGAGUUGUCUUUGUUAUUCAAAGAUGUGCAAGAGUGAUAUUGAUGAUGUUGUUCUUGUGGGUGGCUCCUCUAGGAUUCCCAAAUUGCAGGAUUUAUUGCGAGACUUCUUCAAGGGGAAGGAAUUGUAUAGAAGUAUCAACCCAGAUGAAGCUGUUGCCUAUGGUGCAGCUGUUCAAGCUGCUGUUUUGAGUAAAGGCUUUAAGAAUGUCCCAAAUUUGGUGCUGCAGGAUGUUACCCCAUUAUCACUUGGUAUCUUAGUAAAUGAUGAUGAUGAUGAUGAUAACAUGGAUGUGGUGAUUCCUAGGAACACUUCUGUACCGAUCAAGAAGACAAAAGAAUAUUACACCGCUGAAGAUAAUUGCAAUGUCUCAAUUAAGGUUUAUGAGGGUGAGAGAGCAAGAGCCACAGACAACAAUCUGCUUGGUUUCUUCUGCCUUUCUUGCCCUGGUACUCCUUGUUAUCAGCCUUUGGAGGUAUGCUUUGCCAUUGAUGAUAAUGGUAUCUUAACUGUUUCUGCCAAGGAAAUGUCUACAGGCAAUACGAACGAGAUCACUAUAACCAGUGAUAAAGGAAGGUUGUCAGCAUUUGAAAUUCGUAAAAUGAUUGAAGAAGCUGAGAGAUACCAUGUGGAAGAUAAGAACUUUUUAAGGAUAGCCAAAGUAAUGAAUAAAUUUGAUGAUGCUGUUUACAGUAUGAAGAAUGCAUUAAAGAGAAAGGAUGUUAAUCUAAAGCUCUCUCCUCAAGAAAGUGAGAAGAUCAACAAAGCAAUUACUGUGGCCACAAAGUUGCUUGCUAAGGAUAGCCAACAGAAAGAAAUAGAUGUUUUGGAGGGUCAUCAGAAGGAGCUGGAGUGCAUGUUGGAACACCUUAUACCAAAGAGUGACUAGUUUUAUUUUUAUUUUAUUUAGAUUUAAAGUGAUGUCUUGCUUUUGUACAUGCAGAUUUUAAAUAUGAUUCGAAGUCUGAUUCUAUCCUUAUAGUGGUGUGCUGCCUUAUAAGGCCAGACAAUGUACUAUUGCCCUUCUUUUUGUUGAUUAUG